AUGCUUGCCCCGCGAGCCUUUCGGCCUGCAUCCCUACUCGCCCGACCCUUCCACACAUCUGCCCCUGUCUUUCGAGCGCCCUCCAUUCGGGACAUCACGCCUGACUCGGCUGAAGAGUUCAAUGCUCGCCAGAAGGAGUUUCGGGAGAACCUGGAAGUAGCUCGCAAGAAGAGAGAACAGCAAGAGAGUCAGUCAGUCGGUGCUUCUGCUUCCACCUCUGCAUCUGCCCCAGCCCCUGUUACCCGUGAUCGCCUCCGUGAGUACACUGACGCUCCUGCUGCUUCUUCCAAGAGCAACGCGAGCGAUGAAAAGAGCCCCAUAUUUGACGCCGCCGAUGUUCUUGAUAAUCAAGCAUUGGGCUCACUUUCUACCCACCGUUCUUUAGGAGACGAACACUUGCUGGAAGUCAACCGAUCUCCGAAACGCGGACCACUCUCAUCUUUAAUUUACGGUACGAAAGAAGGCCAGCAGCUUGAUAGAGACAUCGAACGUUCUUUCUCGCAAGUUCUCGCCCGCGGCAAAUACGUGCACUCCAUUGUUUUCCACGACGUGAAACCCGAUCGAGUAGACGAAUAUGUCGACCUGGUUGGCGAAUGGUACCCUAGAAUGGCGGCUGCGGAAGAAAACCGCGUGAAUUUGGUGGGAAGCUGGCGAACGCAAGUGGGAGACAAUGACACCUUUGUUCAUAUCUGGGAAUAUCAGCGGUAUGAAGGUUACCAUGCUUCUCUUCACAAUAUCUCGCGCCACCCAGGAUUCCCUGCCUUCGACAAGAAACUCAAGAGUUUGAUUAAGAGCAAGAAGACGUCCUUGAUGCAGGAAUUUUCGUUCUGGCCUACAACGCCGCCGCGCCGCCUGGGAGGCCUCUUUGAACUUCGAUCUUACACUCUUCAUCCUGGCAAUCUUCUUGAGUGGGAAACUCAUUGGCGCCGUGGCCUUAAGGCUCGUCGCGAGGUCAUGGAAGGCGUGGGCGCUUGGUUCGUGCAGAUUGGAGACCUGAACACGGUCCACCAUCUGUGGCAGUUUGCAAACCUUGAAGAGCGCAAGAUCCGCCGGGAGCAGUCUUGGGGCAUAGAAGGCUGGGCUGAGACGGUGCAUAAAACUGUUCCGCUCAUCCAAACCAUGCAGAGCCGCAUCUUAAUCCCCAUGCCCUGGAGCCCUGUCGGCUAG